AUGACUGAUAUCCUAAACAUUAAAACUGAGCCGAUCUUCGACGAUCGCAUCAUCAAGAUUGAGACUUACACGUACAACCCGUUCGCCAAUACAACGUUCGGGUACAGCGACGAGAUAAGAAUACCCGUACAGCAACAGGAUCUGUAUACACUGCCGUUCGAAAGCUUUCUAUACGUCGAGGGAAAACUGACGAAGAACAGAGUGGUCGAGGGCGCUAACGUGGCAUUGGGAAAUAAUUGCGUCGCAUUCAUGUUCGACGAGAUUCGAUAUGAACUCAACGGUGUGGAGAUUGACCGUAACAGAAACGUUGACAUAACUAGCACGCUCAAAAACUAUGUAACAGUGUCGUCCGACAGAAGCGUGAUUCUGCGGAAUGCCGGCUAG